AUGGCGUUUGACGACGACGAUAGCCCGCUGGCAGCGGGCCCAGCUCCUGCGGAUGGUGAAGGUGCCCCAACUGUGGAGGAAACUCUGGAGGACGACAUGCCCGACUACAAGCUGUUUGCAUCCGCAUUUUCGAAAAAGGGCGUCUCCAGCCAGACGAUCCGGAAGGGCGAGAAAGACUUUGAAACGCACGGGACCAGAGCUCAGGACGGAGCGCUAGAAUCGAGUCGCAGGGCGCUGGAGGAUGUUUUGAGCUACACAAGGAUACAUAAAGGCGAUGCGUGGGCUAGAGGUUGGUGUUUUCCAGAUUUUUGGAUGGACGAGACAAACGUUGCGCUCGAUUACGAGGGCAUGUGGCUAAAGGACCGCGUGGUGGUUAUGGAGCACGAGAAGGGAGGCUGGAUGAAGGACAUUGGAAGAGUGGCCUCUGGGAGCAAAGAUCAGCUUGGCGUGGGAAGGCUAUGGCUGCUUCCUGAAGAAGCCAUCUAUCUUGUCGAGCGAGGCACUAUUGACCUAUGGUGGCCAUAUACCGACUUUGAAACCCUCGUGCCCAAGGGAAGCGCUACUAGCGGACCGCCUCGGCCUGGCUUUGGUCCGGACGAUUACGACGUUGGACUACCGCUGAGUCUAGAAGCUGCAUAUUCACUUUUUAUCGGCUACGAGGAUGAGCAGGGCAAGACAACGCUGCCCAAGUACCAGGUCUACGCCCAUCUAAAGCGGGCGGGAUUUAACAUCCUCCGCGCGCCGCCUAAACAACCGAGACCAGAGCCAACGGAACCUUCGCAGACGCUAUGGCAAUGGCUCUUUUCCUUUGUCAAAUGGGAAACGGGACAGGAUGGGAAACAUCGACAGCAGCCAUUUGGCCCGCUUGUCGCGCCGGGACUGUACCGGUCCUAUCGACCUAUAUACCAGCAACUUGCCCUUGUGCCUCGACACAAGCCUCUCCCUGUACCACCGAGCCCAUCCAAGCCAGAGGAUCCCUUCCGAGUGCACUUCCACGUAUGGAAGCCGGGCGCGGGCGGGUUCUCCAAGAAGAAUCCUCCGCCCCCAGAUUUCCGAAUUGCCGUGGCCGACACAGCCGACUCAUGUCUUCCAACACUGGAACAGAUUGAGACAUUGCUGGAAUCGACACCGUAUGAUCCUGCGCCAGAAGCAUGGAAGGGAAAUCCCGGGAGGCUGUAUCAGCGACUAAAGCACGGGCAUAGGAACGUGCUUGUGGCUGUGGUGGACAGAGGAUUGGUCAACUUUAUGAGAUUCGGAGAGGGCGCAUUUGGAGAGGAACAACUGUUUGAAAGAUUCGAUAAUAGAAACAGCGGAAGAGGAGGUAAGAAAGGCGGUCGCGGCGGUGGUCGCGGCCGCGGAAGAGGGAGAGGCCGAGGAAGAGGAGGGCGGUGA